AAAUUAUUUGACUUUAAUGCUUUAAUCUAUGUUCUCGCUCAUGAGAUAAUUCAUACGAUACUAACUGAUUUUUAUCCGAAGGAAGAGGAACACGGAGAAUUACAUAAAAAACUAGUUAUAGAGAUGGAAGAAAUUAUUAAAUCUUCCCUUGAGUAUCAAGAACUAAAAAAAUAUUGGAGGUAA